CGCAACAAGUAAACAAGUUUCGCAAAAAAACAACAGAACAGAUAUAUCAACAAAGUUGGCAAAAGAAAAAUCGGUUGAAACAAAAUGGAUCCAGUUUUGUCAUUUCACUCAAAGACCGUGCAUGCCAUCAUGCUCCAGAGCGAAUCAAUCGGUGAUCUAUACGAUGUUAGUACGGCGGACAUUUAUUUUAUGUGUAUCGAUGAUGAAACAAAGUUGGUGCCGGCACACAAGUGCAUUUUAGCAUCGGACAGUCAAGUAUUUCGUGAAAUAUUUUACGAAGGCGGUUCCGAACAAGUAUUGCCGGAUGAUUGUCGAAUCGAAACAUUGUCUACAUUUCUCCGGUCAUUCUAUUGUAAUACUUACAAGAUAAGUCGUGACAUCAUCGUCGACUUGACACAAUUGGCGGAGAAAUAUGCGGCCACCAAAUGUAAGCUUGCAUGCUGGCGAUUUCUCGAUCAAAUGACUCAGACAGCAGACGAAGAUACCUUCGUGGUUCUGGAUUUGGCGAUCACAUACAACAAUAAGGCCGUACACGAUUGCUGUGUAGAAAAGUUGAAUUUGAAUGGUUGUUUGUUGAUCGAAACUGAAGCGUUUGUUUCAUGCACCCAACAAGUGUUGGACCUCAUACUUGGUUUGGCCUUUUUCAAACGUGACGAAGUUAAAAUGUUUUUUGCUUGCAUUAAAUGGGCGAAAUAUCACUGUGAACGGGAAAAAUUGGACGCAACACAUGCGGAAAAUAUUCGUUUCAUUCUCGGUGAUAGUUUUUACUUGAUUCAUUUCGAUCAAAUGACCCCGAUGCAAUUCAUUCAAUGCCAAAGCUUGCAUGCCAAUGUCUUUGCUGCCGAGGAUUUAAAGCGUAUUUCUACAAGUAUAAUGGCAGCUCAUGCACAGCCUGAAAAUGAAAUGGAUGUAAAGAUGACUUUAAAGCGACGCUUCAUUAAAACAUCGAUCAACACGAAUAAAAUGGCAUACAAAUCCAUUGAAUCGAUGUUUGGCGACUCACAAACGGCCAACGUUUUCUUUGUCUUUGAUUCCAAUGAAAAUCAAUUGAAAUGCGUUUUUGCACACAAAUGCAUUUUAGCGGCCAAAAGUGACGUGUUCAAGAAAUUGUUUACCGGUGAACCGCAACAAUCCAAUAACAACAAUUAUCCCGUUUCGGACGCAACACAUCACGAAUUCAAUGCAUUCAUUCAAACUUUUUAUUGCCAAUUCAGUGAUGGCAUUAUAAAUACUGAAAAUAUGUACAAAAUGAUUAUACUGGCCAGUUUGUAUGAAGUCAAUGGAUUACUUGAUGAUUGCAUUGAGUUUGCCAUCAAAUCAUUGUGUUUUGAAAAUGUUUUUCGCAUUUUGGACGCAUGUUUUGUGUAUUCGAAUGCCGAUUCGGUGAGUGCAUGUCUCAACUGGAUCAUCACCAAUGAAUGUGGCAUGAAUCAAGCAUUUCAUCGACAUUCGCUGAUCGGUUGCAAUCAUGGAACCGUCGAAUUUGCACUCGGCUUGAAUAUUCCGAAUCGACAGGAGGGACAAAUAUUCAAAGCAACCAUCGAAUGGGCCAGGAAAUCAUGCGAACGAAAUGAAAUUGAAGCAACUGUUGACAAUUUGAAGAUGGUAUUGGGCAAUGCAUUCAACUUGAUUCGAUUCGCAUCGAUGAAACCGGAAGAUUUUUUUGAUUCGGAAUUUAACGUUCAAGUGAUGUUUGAUGACAACAAAGAAAGCAACGAUGAUACCAUGACCUACAUCGAAGUAGAUGAAUGA